AUGGGGGAGUGAGAGGUGCUGCAGUAGCAGCAGCGGCGCGAGCGUGGCCCGGUGGAUUGUCACCCUCUCCGAGUCUCUGCAAAGCGGCACCCGUCUCCUCAGGGAGCGGCCGACGGCGGACGCCGGGUACAUGUUCCGGGUGGCUGAGCCCAACCCGAGCAGACCUCCGGCGGCCAGAAAGAGCUGGCAUUUCAGUAAGACAAUGGAGGAACUAGUUCAUGAUCUGGUCUCAGCACUGGAAGAAAGUUCAGAACAAGCAAGAGGAGGUUUUGCAGAUACAGGAGAUCAUUCUCGCAGUGUCUCAUGUCUUCUAAAACGCCAGGCCCGAAAACGAAGAGGAAGAAAAAGACGUUCAUUUAAUACUCAUCACCCCUGGGAAACUGGUCAUUGUUUAAGUGAAGGUUCUGAUUCCAGCCUCGAGGAACCAAACAAGGAUUAUAGAGAGACUCAUGCUAAUAAUAAGAAAGACCAUAGUGACUCUGAUGACCAGUUGCUGGUUGCAAAACGCAGGCCAACUUCAAAUUUAAAUAACCUCAGAGGUAAAAGGCCUCUGUGGCAUGAACCUGAUUUAGCAGUUGACAACUUAGGAAAUAGGACUCUGCGUAGGCGACGGAAGGUGAAACGAAUGGCAAUUGAUCUACCUUCAGAAGUAACAAACACACUGACAUUACCCCAACAGCAGGAUAACAUUAAGGAUCAAGAAAUGGACAAUGACAGCAGAUCUUGUCAACAUCAAGAACUAAUAAAGAGCAAAGUUAAAAAAAGGAAACUAGCAGCAAAUAGGCAAGGAGCAGAAAUUUUGGAUGAAGGAGUUGUAAUAGAGAAUGAUGAAAUCAACCAUGCAAGCAAGGAUAAAAUGGAUUAUGAAGAGCAGAAAGGCUCCGAUGAAAACAUGAGUGACAGUGAAUCCAGCAGUCUGAGCAGUAGUGAUGCUGGUUUAUUUACCAAUGAUGAGGGAAGACAAGGAGAUGAUGAGCAGAGUGACUGGUUUCAUGAAAGUGAACCUGGAGGUGCUUGUGGAAUCACUGGGAUCAUUCCCUGGUGGGAAAAGGAAGAGCCAUCAGAACUAGAGAAAGAAUUGCCUGAUCCAGUCUUUGAAAGUAUCUUAACAGGAAGCUUCCCUCUUAUGUCCCAUUCAGGCAAAAGAGAUUUCCAGACAAGAUUUAGUCACCUUCAUGGAAUGCCAGCAAGGAACAUCAAAAAAGCUGCAGGAAAUUCAACCACAAUGAUAACUACUCCGGGCUCAUGCAGUAAUAAGAAAUCUGUACAUUUGUCCCAGGAGUCUCAUCACCAUGACCAUUGGUUUAGCCCUGGGGCUAGGAAGGAACAUAGCCAGCUUCAACUCCUGCGGGACAAUCGAUCAGAGAGAGGACACAAGAAAAACAUCUCAGUGAAAACAGCUAGCAGACAGACCAGUGUCCAUUUAGGAUCAUUAUGCAUGGGUGAUAUCAAACGAAGGAGAAAGGCUGCACCAUUGCCAGGACCUACUGGUAAGCAGAUUCACCAGGAUGCCAUAGCAGGGUUUGUAGGAGAAAAUGCCCAACCAAUCUCGGAUAGCAACAUUGGCAAUCGGAUGCUCCAAAGUAUGGGCUGGACACCUGGUACAGGCCUUGGGCCAGACAGCAAAGGGAUAGCCGAACCAAUCCGAGCAAUCCAGAGGCCAAAGGGACUUGGACUUGGAUUUAGCUGACCAAAAGGCACUCCAGCUGCUCUUCAGACAUCAAAUUGACCAACAUUAACUUUUGAAAUAACUGAAAUAAUUCUUUUCAGCUGUUAUCAAAAUACCCAGUGAUUCUUACUGUAACUUUUGAAUACUGAAGCUUCAGUGUUUUCUAUUAAAGCUGCAAGGGGCUAGCCAUUAGGGCAGUUCUGAUGUUUGAAUCCUAAUUCUGUAAUGGUGCUAACAAUUUAAAUUGUACUUUUUUAUUUUCUGUGGUCUUAACUGUUUCUAUUCUAUUGUCAAACAUUCCAAGAAUUCACCCCCUGCACACCUAUCUUAAAGGCUUGCUGACAUCAAGUUAAUCUUUUUCAGCAUUUUCGUAUGAAAGGCCAUUCUUGCUAGAGUUCAUUCUCAUGGAGGAUUUGCCUUUGGAAAGCUGCUGUAUGAGUACCGAAGACAAUGAUGGUGCUGUUUAGCAAUCACGCUCCUGCACUUUUCUCAACCAUUCCAGAAGCUCUUGGUGCACUGCACACCACAAUAGCAUGAAAUCAAAGCUGCUUUGCAAUGGGAUGCACUGUGGGGCAGGUAGGAGGGACAGAGUUCACCUUUUUAAAAGACUAUAGUUCUUUCUCUGUGUAGCCUCAGUCUCACCAUCUAAACCUACACAGGCUCAUUAGACAGACACUUUGCUUCACUUCAGCCUAAAAUUUAAUUUGAUAUUUCUCCUGGUGUAAAAUACCUAUAGACAAAGUAACAUAAACCUUCCCUUGCUUCCCAGCAUGCAAUUUUGCAUGAGAUACGCAUGGCAAAUGGCAACUUUCUCUUCUAACAGUUGCAGCAUAUAAUUCCAUCCUCCUCUCUCUCUCAGUACAUGCUUUCCAAGUACACUUCUAAUUGGUCAUUGUCUUAGCUGGCAUUGUUUUUAAAGCAAAGAUUUUAAACCAAUUAUACCGCCAUCUUUUACCUAAUCACUGUGAAUGUGUAUUUUGAGCAGAUUUUAAAUGGAGCAGUAUCAUUAAAGCCCCUCAAGUGUAGUUAUAAUCCAGGAAAUAUUUCUUCGUGGAUGAGUGGUGGCUGCUGGGGCUGGGGAGGGCGGGCGAGGGGACAGGGUGCUUCCAGUGCACAUAUUCUUAAAAGAAGGCGACAAGGUGAAAUGGUAAAGCAGGUAUUGCUUUGAUAAUACCAUAACUUAACAGUUAGUGUUUUGGCUUGCCUUUAUGUUAACACCUCAGAUUCAUUAAAAAGGUCUUCUACCAAAGGACUACAGU